AUGGUCAUCAUGAACAAAACAGAUAAAAUACAAGAGGGCCAAGUUCAGCUUGAUGAUAGAAAAAACUACAUGCCCCUCGAAACACCAAUGGUCCAAGAAACCUCUCGAAGAGUAGAAGAGAUAAUCAAUGAUCUCCACCAGGGAAAUCAUAUAGACGCAAUGACCAAGAAGUGGCUUUCUCAAACACCUAGCCCACCGCGUAUAUUAUUUUUUUACACUCUAGCAAAGAUUCACAAACCAGUUUUAACUGGUAGACCUAUAAUUUCGGGCUGCGAUGGCCCAACAGAAUGUAUAUCAUCAUUUUUAGACCACAUCCUACAGCCUAUCGCUAAGGUACAAAAAUCCUACCUCAAAGAUACCACACAGUUUAUCAACUUUAUAGAAAAGAGGAAAGUUCCAAACAACGCGAUCCUAGUUUCAAUGGAUGUUACCAGCCUGUGCACCAAUAUUCCUCAAGAAGAAGGAAUAAACACUGUAUGCAAAGCAUAUGAAGCCUCCUAUAAGAACGACACACCCAUUCCCACAAAUUCACUCAGAGGCUUGCUUAGACUUAUACUACAGGAGAACUCCUUCCAGUUCAAUGGAAGCAACUAUCUCCAGACUCAUGGUACCGCAAUGGGAACAAAAGUGGCAGUUGCUUUUGCCAACAUCUUUAUGUCCGCGGUAGAAACAGAAAUUAUCAAUAAAAGCAAGAGACAACCCCUCGAGUGGAAAAGAUACAUCGAUGACGUGUUCUCUCUGUGGGAUACAAACAGAGAGGAAAUAGACUAA